AUGUCUUAUGGCAUUGAGGUCUUGCAAUAUUACAACCUUGAUUCACUGAUCAUGGCUCUUGUUUCCUUCCCAAUCAUUACCAAUAACAUAAUAUACAGAAAUACCAUGCAAAUUUCACAUGUUCAUCCUGCCUAUACCAUCCAUGAAAUUUCUAAGAAAAUUAAAGCUAAUAAUGCCUCUGGUAAUUUUCAUCCGCCAUUUUCAGGCCAACCUUUGAUUCAAAGAAGGCACAAAGAGUUGUUGGUGGUGCCGUUAUUCUGUGCUAAAAACUCACCGGAAGGUGAAGGUGGAGAAGAUAAGCAGGAUCCACGAACUCUCGAAAAAUUGCUGAAACUUUACAAUGCCAUGAAGAAUAAAAAUCUUCUCGAGUUAUCGGAGGUUGUAGCAGAUGAACCCGAGUGUGUAGGCAACCUAUCCCCAAUCAUCCAAACCCUUCGAGGGAAGAAGAAAGUGGUGGAUUUUCUCCUAAAUCUAAUCCAACACCUAGGAAGUGGAAUUGAAUUUAUUAUAAAACCAACAUUCCAUGAUGGGAUGAAGGUCGGUCUUCAAUGGGCCUUAGAGUGGGAUAAAACACAUACGCCUUUUGGAAAGGGUUUCGGCUUCCAUAUAUCCCACCACUAUAAGGGGAAGCUGGUAAUAAAAAAUGCAGAGAUGUUCAUCGAACCACUCCUGCAUUUUCCUUACAGAAUGAGAAUGAAAGGAAUUAUGACUGCUUUAACCGAGAAGAUGGGUUCCAGUGCAAUGUUCAAGGGUGGGGCGAGCAAAGCAGUAUUGAGUAUCCUCCUUGUCAUCACUGCUGCAUUUCUAAUCUCUUUGCUCACCGCGCAUUAA